AUGCCCGGCCUCUUCCGGAGUAGUUCCUUGGAGGAAAGGUCGAGGGCCAUCCAGCAACAGGCCAUCCAGCAUCACGCCAUCCAGCAUCACGCCAUCCAGCAUCACGCCAUCCAGCAACAGGCCAUCCAGCAUCACGCCAUCCAGCAUCACGCCAUCCAGCAUCACGCCAUCCAACACCACGCCAUCCAGCAUCACGCCAUCCAGCACCAGGCCAUCCAGCACCAGGCCAUCCAACACCAGGCCAUCCAACACCAGGCCAUCCAGCAUCACGCCAUCCAGCAUCACGCCAUCCAACACCAGGCCAUCCAGCAACAGGCCAUCCAGCAACAGGCCAUCCAGCAACAGGCCAUCCAGCAUCACGCCAUCCAGCAUCACGCCAUCCAGCAUCACGCCAUCCAACACCACGCCAUCCAGCAUCACGCCAUCCAGCACCAGGCCAUCCAGCACCAGGCCAUCCAACACCAGGCCAUCCAACACCAGGCCAUCCAGCAUCACGCCAUCCAGCAUCACGCCAUCCAACACCAGGCCAUCCAGCAACAGGCCAUCCAGCAACAGGCCAUCCAGCAUCACGCCAUCCAGCAUCACGCCAUCCAGCAUCACGCCAUCCAACACCACGCCAUCCAGCAUCACGCCAUCCAGCACCAGGCCAUCCAGCACCAGGCCAUCCAGCAUCACGCCAUCCAGCACCAGGCCAUCCAGCACCAGGCCAUCCAGCACCAGGCCAUCCAGCAUCACGCCAUCCAACACCAGGCCAUCCAACACCAGGCCAUCCAGCAUCACGCCAUCCAGCACCAGGCCAUCCAGCAUCACGCCAUCCAGCACCAGGCCGUCCAACACCAGGCCAUCCAGCAUCACGCCAUCCAGCACUAA